AUGAUGAUUAUAAACACCAUUUUCUUUAUACCUGCGAUAUGCUGCGCCAUAAACAUCGCAAUUUCGGCUGGCACUUUCGUAUCAGUAACAUCCAUCAAAUCAAAACGAGCGAUAAAUUCCAGUCAUGAUGUUCGUAAUAAUCAAGAGAGACUCAGAGGAACUAUACCGAAAAUCUCUUUACCUCAAGAUAUUACCACGAGAUUAUCUAAUUAUAGAAGCGUCAAGGCAUCGGAACCACAGAGAAUUUCUUACACGAAUUCGAAUCAAGAAUCUUCUCACGCAUACGGCAGUGUUCCCAAGCGGCCGCCUUCUUACGUUCCUCUGCCUGUUCAACAAACUAAAUUUUAUCAGAAUAAUCCGCUUAUCCCAUAUUUCGAUAUAUUGAAUAAUUCCAAUUCGUACAAGACUGCAACGAGCACGGAGAAACCGUUAGAUGCAUCUAAACCAAUUGUAUCGCAGUCGGUCCAGAAACUACAAGGCAUUUACUCGCCCAAUACGUUCCAUCAAGAUAAACCUAUCGAAUUUUCGGGUUUCUCCGACUUCGAAUUUCCGGCGUAUCCCAGUAUCAACAAGUUUAUUUCCCAGGACGUGCAGAAUGGUGCUUCGUCUCCCAUCGUACAAGUGCCAGUGUACAAAACGAAUUACCCUCUAUCGAAAGUUGUCACACACGAAUACGCAUUGAGCCUUCCAACGGCAUCAAGUGUCUCUCCGUCGUCGGAUAAAGCGACGCAAAGCUCCAAGCAGAAAGAUGAAGCUACUGUAGAUGUGAAUGGUAAGAAGAUUUCAGUCCCGAUCAUUCAAUUUCAGAAUAAUGCGGACUUCACCGAAGUUUUACCCGUCUUCGAGAGUCAGCCGUUCUUUCUAAGUGCAAACUAUCCGACCGAAUCGGAUUUGGCAUUUAACUCUGGAACUGGGCCAAAGCUCAACAUGGCUCUUCAAUCGAGAAACGUUUCACCAUUUUUGUCGCCUCUGUCGAGUUUUCAAGGUCAAAUUGUGCCAAUUCAAACGGCCAGUAGUAGUCCGCAAUUUCCGCAAUAUAAAGGCGCCAGCGUAGAAGUUUACCCAGUUCCAAAUAAUGUUCCUAAAGUGCAAGGCAGUUACGAGUCUCUUUAUAGUCAACCACAAUUGCACUUUGGACUGGAACAUAGUAGUAAUGUGCAGCCUAUUAAUGUCCAGCAAAAUAUUAUCCAUCCUUCCGUGUCAACGCAGGGUAUUCUAAAUGAUGUAGAGAUCAUCAAUAAGAAAAAUCCGGAGCCACAUACACCCCAAUCUGACGAUGACAAUAGGAAUGACGAUAGGGAUGAUGAAAGAUAUGAAAAUCCGGAAAAGGAAGAUGAACAGAAUUCUGAAGAUAAUAAUGCCGAGCAUCAAUCAGGAAAGGAUUUUAAAGAGCCACCGACAGAAAGUGACUUUAAACCUUCUGCAUCAUAUCCUUUCAAAGAGUACGAUGAAAGAUUUGGAAAGUAUAAAACGCAAAUCGAUGACGACGAAGAUAAGCCAUAUUCCAGCUAUAAGCAUGAUUCAGUGGACGAUGAUGAAGAAGAAGAAGAUCCAUCAGAAUAUCAUGCUGAAUAUACUGAUUCUCCAAAAUCAUCGCAUGAAUCAUAUGAGAAAGAGGAUGAAGAGAAGGAAGAAAGCGUUAAACACAAAAGACGCGAAGAAGCUGAUGAAAGCUCUGACGAAAUAGCGCCUAAAUAUUACGUAAAAGAUUUCGAACAGGAAUUUGAAGAAUCUUAUCGAAAAGAACUACCAAAAGAAAAAUAUGUACAUGUAAAAGAAGUGCCAGAAAUAGAUAGUUAUAAUAAUCCGAUAGUACCUUCUAAACGACAACAAAAGAACAACAAUCGAUCUCAUAUAAAUCAGGAGCAAUUUGAAGAACCGACAAGUCAAAAAACCCGGGUUUCCCGUAAAAAUCGCAGAAUACCAAAAGCAGGUUAUAAAGACAAUGCAGCUUAUGGUUCAAAUAUUUUCAUUAAAAAGACGCCGAAGGUGAUUCAUGAAGAAGUUUUUGGAUACAAGAAUCCCGAAAUCGGAAAAUAUUCUAAACAAUCAAAAAAUAAGGCUGUUACGAUCGAAACGAAAUAUUUACCUACGAAAAAAGAAAACUAUCUUCGAGCUACUAAAUAUUACAAAUUUAAAAAUCCUACAAUUGGUAACGAAUCUGCCUCCAAAAAUAAAAAUUCUUUCGUAAACAUUCGAAAAUUAACUAAAUAUUCGCCCGAGGAAAUGGUUAGAUCGAAUGUAAAGCAAUUAUCGGAUCCUGACAAUACGGCUUCUUUUUAUAGACUAAAUAUAAUGAGCGGAUGAAUACAAUCUCUCAUAAAUAUAGAAAGAUUCUAG